AUGGAAAAUGAAAAUACAAAUGAAAUAAUAUUACAAAUUGCUGAGUGUAUUGAUAUACCAGUCUACGAAAUUGAUAUAUCACGAAGUCAUCGUGUCGGAAAAUAUAAUCCUCAAACAUCUACUCCUCGCCUGAUAAUCGUUCGCUUUGCGUCCUAUCGUUCACGUGAACUAUUUUAUAAAAAUCGUAAAUAUCUUAAUGAAUCAGAUUACUACUAUAUUACACGAAGACGUCAGAUUACUACUAUAUUACACGAUAUUACUAUAGUACGCGAAGACCUUAUGAGAGAAUAUCUAAAUUUAUUACGACGUUGUAUUGAACCAUCUGUCCUUCUUACAUUCUUUAUAAAAGAUGGUAACACCUACUACUAUCAAAAUGAUCGGCAAAUUUUUAUUCGCUUAGAAAGUGAUAUUGGGAAAGUUAUGGUACAAAUUAAUUAUCGAUCCCCGAGUCUUUCAAACGGCGAAACUGAUGAGGAUAUAGAAUUUUUAAGUGACACUAUAGGUGAUGUUAUUCGAACGGGAUCGUUUGACGUUGUAAUAUUAGUAGGUGAUUUCAGUGCACACAGUGACGCCUGGUGUAAUUCGCAUCCAGAAACGGCAGCUGGCAAAAAGUUUUUUGAAUUUUCUGAUAUUUUAAAUUUCAAACAAUUAGUGAAAGAGCCUACAAGAGUUAGCAAAGAUAGAAUGACUAAAACGGUGCUUGACUUGGUGUUUACUAGUUCAACAUCUCCACAAAUUUGUUUGAAUCCAUCUUCAAAACGUUUUAUGUUCGGUUUUUUUAAAGUGGUCAUAAUUGGCAUUGUAACAUCAAAGUGUGCUAAUAGUGGUAACGGGAGAUCCGUGGGAACGGGAGAUCCGGGCAUCCAUUAA